GGGAAGUCCUUUGCCACGCGCGUGAUAGGAAGACUUCAGUUCUCGACUCAUUCAAACGUUGUUGUAAACAUUGCGGCGUUUUAUUCGACUUGGAUUUACAGGAUUUUCAUUGCUAUGUCAUCGAGAAGUUGCUGACGGACACCUAAACACGACAGUACUGUUUACCAAAGUUUUCGUACCGUAUGAAAGUUCAUUUUUAGACGCGGUUAAGACGGAGAAGACAACUUGUUAGUGUGGUGCCAUUUUCGACGUUGGAUGGGCGUGUUUGUUAUAGCCAACAACUCCAACUACAUUGCAAUAGCGAGUUAGGGGUUGCAACCGCGUGAUUUUCGCAUCGGGCUUUAAUCCGAAGAUGUCGAGUCUCAGCUGCCGUGGACACCGACCCCCCUCGCCCAUGGCUCGGCCAAUUCGUCAGAAAUUGCAGUUUACAUCCAGCGACGGAGAGGACGACAUCAUUGAGGAUGUUAACAACAGCACAGGAGACGAAUCGGGCUUCACUGAACUGGACUCCCCGAUGCAAGUGCGCCGGAACGCCUCCAGCAAGCGGCUGGAGGGCAGCAGCCCCUUGAAUCGCACCGGGGAUGAAGACGUUGAGCUAUGGGACGAGGAGGGCUUCGACUCCCCGUCUCACCUACAGUCCCCUGGCAGCGUUAUCUUUGCAAAUUGCUCGCCGUCGCCGAGGAAAAUUUCACGGUUGUUCGGCGGGUCACCGGAGCGCUCAUACGGCCAAGAAGACGGGGAAGGAUCCAGCUCCCCGAUCCCAGACUGCCCCGACACACCUCCUCACAAAACUUUCAGAAAACUCCGUCUGUUCGACACACCACACACACCAAAGAGUCUGUUGUCCAAAGCUAGAGGCUCCAGCGUAGGACCCUCUAGCAGGAGAGUUGCCCUGUUCAAGAAUGUGGAGGCAUCAGGAAAGUCGGUCACAGACAGCAGUGGCAGGAGACACCAGGCCCCGCUGGUCAACUUCAACCCUUUUACCCCAGACUCCCUCCUCAUCCAAUCUGCCACACAACAGAGAAACAACAGGAAGCGGGCACACUGGAAUGACUCCUUUGGGGAGGACAUGGAGGCAAGCGAUGGUGUGGGGGAGGAGGAAGUCCUCCCACCAUCCAAGAGGAUUACCAUGAUGGAGAGCAACAUGACGUCCAGAUACGCCUCAGAGUUCCAUGAGCUGGAGAAGAUUGGCUGUGGGGAGUUUGGUGCUGUGUUCAAAUGUGUGAAAAGACUAGAUGGCUGCACAUACGCCAUCAAGAGAUCAAAGAAACCUUUAGCGGGAUCAGUGGAUGAACAGAAUGCCUUACGGGAGGUAUAUGCCCACGCGGUCCUGGGCCUGCACCCUCACGUGGUGCAAUACUAUUCAGCCUGGGCUGAAGAUGACCACAUGCUCAUCCAGAAUGAGUACUGCAAUGGUGGCACACUCUCUGAUGUCAUCACAGAGAAUUAUCGACGGCUACACUACCUGUCAGAGCUGGAGCUGAAGGAUUUGCUGCUGCAGGUCACACGAGGCUUGAAGUACAUCCACUCUACCUCCCUGGUGCACAUGGACAUCAAGCCAAGCAACAUCUUUAUCUCACGAAAGUCUGUUGCCAGCUUUGAAGAAUGUGAUGAGGAGGAGGAUGAUGGGCUGACAACCAGUGUUGUUUACAAAAUAGGUGACCUUGGUCACGUGACAAGAGUGAACAACCCACAGGUAGAAGAGGGUGACAGCCGAUACCUGGCAAAUGAAAUUUUACAAGAGGAUUACAGCAACUUGACUAAGGCAGACAUCUUCGCCCUGGCUCUGACUGUGGUCAGUGCCUCAGGGGCUGAGCCUCUGCCAACCAAUGGAGACAAGUGGCAUGAGAUUCGCCAGGGAAAACUGCCCGCAAUUCCUCAAGUGCUCUCUCCAGAGUUUCUCAGUCUUCUUAAGCUAAUGAUCCACCCUGACCCAGCCAGACGACCAUCAACCUCUGACCUGAUCAAACACCCGGUGCUCCUGACCACUUCCAGGAUGUGUGCAGUCCAGCUCAGAGUGGUACUCAAAGCAAAGGAUUUCAAGAUCGCCCUGCUCCAGAAGGAGCUUGAGAAGGCCCAGAUGGACAAGGCCGCAGCGGAGGAGAAGGAGAAGGGUUUGUCAACAGAUAGGAUCCUGACCCGCUCCACAGUUCAGUCCAACCCCAGAACCUCCAGGCUCAUUGGCAAGAAGAUGAACCGGUCGGUCAGCCUCACCAUCUACUGAGACCAUUCCACCUUAACAGGAGGUCAACAGAUUGAUUGGAUUUUGGACCAAGACUCAGACCUUUUCAGUUGGGACAGACUUUUGUUUUUGUGAAGAAACAUGGUGCACGCUCUUGAAGAGAACCCAGUCAAUUAUGCGGGUGGACUGUUCAGCUCAGUUGAAGCUGUAGAUUGCUGCCAUACUCUUCUGAGAUUGGACUCAUCUCAAUAAACUCUUUUCACUUCAGCUUAGUUCAGCCCUGUUGCCAAUAUACUUUUCCUUGGAGAAACCGUCAUUUCGAAAGGUAGUUACUGUACCUUUACACUCUUGCUGUUCCUCAAAGUUGCAUGGAUGUCAGGAUGUCUCUCCAUUUGUCUCCCGGCACUUCUUCAACAAGCCUAAGACUUUCUGGUGGCAAACUGAAGCUGCAUCGAAGUCCUCUUCAGUGUGAAUGUACUAGUUGUAGCCGUGUGCACCUUACUGCCUGUCAAAUGCCUGAUGCUGGGUACAAGAGGGUUUGAGAACUGACGAUAGCUGUGUUUGUAAUGGAGCACUUUGGAGGCAACAAGUGGAACUUGCCAGAUAAAAAAAAAACUGCUGCUAUUGAUGUUUUGUCUGUAUCAGGGUUUGGUGGGAUUCAGGUUGGACCGUUCUAGAGAUCACUGGCUCUUAUUUUUGAGUAGCAGGAGUCUGUUGCCCACAUUUUUUUGCUCCUGUCAAAUCAAAUUGUGGGACUAGAAAAUGGAUGGUGCCAUUUGAGAAAAUUAUCCAAUCUGUUAUAAGUACCUAAUCCAGUGAUUUCACAUUUGUUUUUAAGGAUAGAAAUGGUACAUAAUGUUUUACUUCUCAUGUGAGCUGCCAACCCUGCCUGUAGCAUUAGAACAAUCAUUCACAUCCUGUUCAAUGGAUUCUCAUGUUCUACUUUGUUUUUCUGCUGUCGUUUUUGUAAGGCAUGUCCUGGCAAUAACUGUUAGAAAAAGUAUUCUCAUGUUUUUGUUCUUGUAACUCCUAACAAAACCUUACGUCGCUGUAACCUUGUACAUAUGUUCUUUUUAUUAAAUUGAACUCAUAAAGCCCUU